GUGUUGCUGUGGAUGGACCAAAGAAGACCAGCACUGACCUCAAUAACAACACUAUCUGCCUGAUCAAGAAGAAYGGAAAGGUCAAGGCUCUGGAUGAGGAGAUUUACCAGAAAGACUUGCUGGACCUGGACGAGGAACUGUACACACACUUCGGCCUGGCUCACACUCGCUGGGCCACACACGGGGAGCCCAGCGCCCUCAACAGUCACCCCCACCGCUCCGACAAGGACAACGAGUUUGURGUCAUCCACAAUGGCAUCAUAACGAACUACAAAGAGCUGAAGAAGUAUCUGGUCACCAAAGGCUACGAGUUUGAGUCGGACACGGACACCGAAGUGAUCCCAAAACUGGUCAAAUACGUUUACGACAACCGAGAGAACGGCUGCGUCACCUUCUCCACGCUGGUAGAACGAGUCAUCAAACAACUGGAGGGGGCCUUCGCUCUGGUGUUUAAAAGCCGUCAUUACCCCGGAGAGGCCGUGUCUACCAGGAGAGGAAGUCCUCUGCUCAUUGGUGUGCGAAGCGAGCACGAGCUGCCCACCGAGCACAUCCCCGUCCAGUACAACAGUGGUCACCUGAAGGAGGAUGUGCAGGAGAUGAACAGCCACAACAAGCCCGACUGCUCCAACGCCAUCAAUUCCGUCGGGGAUGGCAGCGCRGUGGAGUACUACUUUGCAUCUGARGCAAGCGCCAUCAUCGAGCACACCAACAAGGUGCUGUACCUGGAGGACGAUGACGUCGCCAUCGUGAAGGACGGGCACCUGUCCAUCCACAGGAUGAACKGGCAGGCCGGGGAAGACCCAGUGCGAGCAGUUCAGACCCUGCAGAUGGAGCUGCAGCAGAUCAUGAAAGGAAACUUUGAAGCCUUCAUGCAGAAGGAGAUCUUUGAGCAGCCAGAAUCUGUCGUGAACACCAUGAGAGGCCGGAUUUGUUUCGACACAAACACAGUGGUUCUUGGAGGACUGAAAGACCACCUGAAGGAGAUCAAACGCUGCAGACGGCUAAUCAUGAUCGGCUGUGGCACCAGCUUCCACGCUGCAGUCGCUACCAGACAGCUUCUCGAGGAGCUGACAGAACUUCCUGUCAUGGUGGAGCUGGCGAGCGACUUCCUUGAUCGCAACACACCUGUUUUCAGAGACGACGUGUGCUUCUUCAUCAGCCAGUCAGGAGAAACAGCAGACACUCUGAUGGCUCUGCGUUACUGCAAAGACCGAGGCGCUCUCACCGUUGGUAUCACCAACACUGUGGGCAGCUCCAUCUGCAGGGAAACUGACUGUGGAGUCCACAUCAACGCCGGACCAGAAAUAGGAGUAGCUAGCACCAAGGCCUACACCAGUCAGUUUGUGGCCCUCAUCAUGUUCAGUCUGAUGAUGAGUGAGGACAGACUCUCCCUGCAGAAGAGAAGACUGGAGAUCAUCCACGGCCUCAAGGUGCUACCGGAGCUGAUCAAAAAAGUGCUGUCCCUGGAUGAGAAGAUCAAGACCAUUGCUAAUGAACUGUACCAACAAAGAUCCCUUUUGGUUAUGGGUCGAGGUUACAAUUACGCCACUUGCCUUGAGGGGGCGCUGAAAAUUAAGGAGAUCACCUACAUGCACUCUGAGGGCAUCCUGGCUGGAGAGCUGAAGCARGGCCCGUUGGCACUCAUAGACAAACACAUGCCCGUCAUCAUGGUCAUCAUGCGCGACUCCUGCUACACCAAGUGUCAGAACGCCCUGCAGCAAGUCACUGCCAGAUCGGGUCGACCCAUUAUCCUGUGCUGCCAGGAAGAUUCAGAGCUAAUAAAGAAUGCCUACCAGACCAUUGAGCUGCCGCAGACUGUGGACUGUCUGCAGGGCAUUCUCAGCGUCAUCCCCCUGCAGCUGCUGUCAUUCCACCUGGCUGUCCUGCGAGGAUAUGAUGUCGACUUUCCCAGAAACUUGGCCAAGUCUGUGACGGUGGAAUAAUUACAGUUUUCAAAGCCCCAGGAGAGGAGAGAGGUAGCUUAACCAGAUUUACGGAGCAAUUGUGCAAUCAAACAUUGUGUGUGUGUGUGUGUGUGUGUGUGUGUGUGUGUGUGU